AUGGCCGCCUCUUCGACACCCCAAGGCACUUUGCGCCAACGGAAUGUUGGCCCCUCCCCGUCCAAGAAGGCCAAAGAUGGCGCUUCUUCCGAUGUCGAGCUUGACAAGCACGUCAAAGCCGCUGCCGUAAAGCCAUCCAACGCCGGCUCCGAACGCGACCACAAGAUCGCCUUCACCCUCAUCACCAUCAUGGCUUUCGUCACCAGGUUCUGGGGUAUUAGCCACCCCAACGAGGUCGUCUUCGAUGAAGUACACUUUGGCAAGUUCGCCUCGUACUAUCUCGAAAAGACUUACUUCUUCGACGUCCACCCUCCAUUCGGCAAGCUUCUCUUUGCCUUCAUGGGCUGGUUGGUGGGGUACGAUGGCCACUUCCACUUCGAGAACAUUGGCGACUCGUACAUCGUGAACAAGGUCCCCUACGUCGCCUUCCGCUCCUUGCCCGCCCUUCUAGGUGCCCUGACCGUCUCGGUUGUUUACCUGAUCAUGUGGGAGUCGGGAUACAGCCUCCCGGCCUGCAUUGUCGCAGCUGGCCUCAUCCUCCUCGACAACGCCCACAUUGGUCAGACUCGCCUGAUUCUGCUCGAUGCGACCCUGGUCUUCGCUAUGGCCUGCAGCUUGCUCUGCUACAUAAAGUUCUACAAGCUGCGUCACGAGCCGUUCUCGCGAAAGUGGUGGAAGUGGCUUAUCCUGACUGGCUUCGCCUUGUCGUGUGACAUCUCGACCAAGUACGUCGGCCUGUUUGCCUUCAUCACAAUCGGCUCCGCCGUUGUGAUCGAUCUUUGGGAUCUGUUGGACAUCAAGAGGCCGGGUGGUGCUUUGACCCUGCCCGAAUUUGGCAAACACUUUGCUGCUCGUGCUUUUGGCCUCAUCAUUAUGCCCUUCAUCUUCUAUCUUUUCUGGUUCCAGGUCCACUUCUCCAUUCUCACCCGCUCCGGGCCUGGAGACGAUUUCAUGACGCCCGAGUUCCAGGAGACGCUCAGCGACAACAUCAUGCUGCAAAACGCCGUCACCAUUGACUACUACGACACCAUUACCAUCAAGCACAAGGAGACCAAGGCAUAUCUCCACAGCCAUCCCGAUCGCUACCCGCUGCGGUACGACGAUGGCCGUGUCUCCAGCCAGGGUCAGCAGGUCACCGGCUAUCCUUUCAACGACACCAACAACUACUGGCAAGUUCUCCCCGCUGGCGAGGACGACCAGAAGCUAGGCCGCCAUGUCAAGAACCACGACCUCAUUAGGCUUCGCCACGUGGGCACGGAUACCAUCCUGCUAUCGCACGAUGUCGCCUCUCCGUACUACCCCACCAAUCAGGAGUUCACUACUGUCUCUAUUGCGGACGCCUAUGGCGGCCGGGCUGCCGACACUCUGUUCGAGGUACGGAUUGAGCACGGCAAGAACGGUCAGGAGUUCAAAAGCGUGUCGAGCCACUUCAAACUCAUCCACAACCCGAGUAAGGUCGCCAUGUGGACUCACACCACGCCGCUCCCCGAAUGGGCCUACAAGCAGCAGGAGAUCAACGGUAACAAGCAGAUUGCCCCGAGCUCCAAUGUUUGGCUGGUCGAGGACAUUGUGUCCCUCCCACCGGAUCACAAGCGUCGCGAGAAACCUGUGAGGCAGGUCAAGACGCUCCCGUUCCUGCGGAAGUGGUUUGAGCUGCAGCGCUCUAUGUUCUGGCACAACAACCAGUUGACUGCCAGCCACCCCUACGCGUCACUGCCGUACCAGUGGCCGUUCCUGCUUCGCGGCGUCAGCUUCUGGACGCAGAACGAUACGCGACAGCAGAUCUACUUCCUCGGCAACCCCCUUGGUUGGUGGAUCGCAAGCAGCGUACUUGCGAUUUACGUCGGUAUCGUCUUGGCUGACCAGUUCUCCUUGCGUCGUGGCAUGGACGCGUUGGAUCAUCGCUCGCGCUCCCGCCUCUACAACUCGACGGGUUUCUUCUUCCUCGCUUGGGCGACUCACUACUUCCCGUUCUACGUGAUGGGCCGCCAGCUGUUCCUGCACCACUACCUUCCCGCCCACCUGGCCUCGACCCUGGUGACGGGUUCCCUAGUCGAGUUCGUCUUCAGCCAGGACGCUCCCGAGCACGAGGUAGCCUACCUGGCGGCCAAGGCCGGCAGGAAGAAUGCUCAGCCCAAGCGCCACCUGACAGCCCGCGAGCGGUUCGCAGGACAGAGCUUGAUGGGCUCGUGGAUUGCGGCCGGCGUGAUCCUCGCCGUGGUCGCCGCCAGCUGGUACUUCUUCUUGCCGUUGACGUACGGCUACCCUGGUCUCACGGUUGAGCAAGUCGUCCGGAGGAAGUGGCUGGGCUAUGACCUGCAUUUUGCAAAAUAA